AAUCUUGACCCCAUUCAACUUUCUCUUUUAUAAAUUAAAAGUGGAAUCUUUAUCUUCCUUUCUCUCUAAUUUUUUUUCUCCUUUAACUAACAAGGUUGUUAAAGAAUUGCACUAAUAUGUCCAUGUGAGGUGAUUGAGUAGAUUGUUUUAGCCAUAAGUUUAUUCUUGGAAAUCUUUUCCUGUGUUUUCCUUCAGCAGAAGAAGAAGAAAAAAAAUGGCUCUUGUUACUCAAGAAGUCAUCAAUCAACUUGAAGCAUUAAUGGAGGAAGAUGCAGUGGGCGAGUCACUUCAGAAAACGUUCAAGAAUGUACAUCAAGGAUAUCCUCAUGAAACGUUUACACGUUUUCUGAAGGCGCGAGAAGGGAAUGCUCAAAAGGCUCAUAAGAUGUUGGUUGACAGCUUGGAGUGGAGAGUCCAAAACGACAUCGAUAAUAUGCUAGCGAAACCAAUUGUUCCUGAGGAACUCUACAGAGGAAUACGUGAUUCUCAGCUUAUAGGAUUAUCCGGUUACUCAAAUGAGGGUCUCCCUGUAUUCGCUGUUGGAGUAGGCCUGAGCACAUUCGACAGAGCAUCCGUUCAUUAUUAUGUGCAAUCGCACAUUCAGAUUAACGAAUACAGGGAUCGUGUAGUUUUUCCUGCUGCAACAAAAAAGUAUGGGAAACAUAUAAGUAAAUGCAUAAAGAUCCUAGAUAUGACCGGCUUGAAACUCUCGGCACUAAACCAGAUAAAGCUCCUGACUAUAAUUUCUUCUAUCGACGAUCUAAACUACCCUGAGAAAACGCAAACUUAUUACAUUGUGAAUGCACCAUACGUCUUUUCAGCAUGUUGGAGGGUAGUAAAGCCACUUCUUCAAGAAAGAACAAGGGGUAAAAUCGAUGUACUCUCCAGUUGUGGAGAAGAUGAUCUACUUAAGAUAAUGGAUUAUUCAUCCCUUCCUCAUUUCUGUCGUAAGAGAUCUUCCGACUCUUCAAAAUAUUCAGAGGCAAAUUGCUAUUCGUUGGACCAUCCAUUUCAUCGACAACUCUACAACUACGUUAAGCAGCAGUUCUUGCUUUCUCAACCUUCCCAACCAGUAAAGCAAGGCUCCGUUCACGUAACUUUGCCUGAAGAUGCUGAUAAAGAAGUCAUCGCAGAGACUUUGGAAUCCGAGCUAAAUAAAUUCAAGGAUCUCGGUGUUGCAAGUUCUAAUUAACCGAUCUCUGGUUUGGAGAAGCUGAAAUCACAUCUUCCACAAUUAGAAUUCUAGCUAGCAAUCUUAUAGCUAUAGGUUGUCAAAUAAUUUCAUGUAGCAAGCCAUAAUACCGACUUGAAUCUGUCUGCACAAUGCUCGGCAACAGACGAAGCCAUUUGCAGAUACCGGCUUCUCUAUAUAAUCAAGUAUGUCCUUGUCA